AUAGCUACACUAUCUUGAUUAAUGGAUUUUGCAAGGUUAAAAUGAUAGAUGAAGCCAUAAAUCUCUAUGAAGAAAUGCAUUGUAGAAAAAAUAUUCCUGAUGUGGUAACUUACAGUUCCCUUGUCGAUAUAAUGCAUGAUAGAGGUCAGCCACCUGAUAUAAUUACUUACAAUUCUAUAUUGGAUGCUUUAUGAAAAACCAUCAUGUUGACAAGGCAAUUGCAUUAUUAACAAAAUUGAAAGACCAGGGUAUUCGACCAGAUAUGUACACAUACACUAUUUUUAUCAAGGGAUUGUGCCAAAGUGGAAAAUUGAAGGAUGCACGAAAAGUUUUUGAAGAUCUUUUGGUCAAAGGCUAUAAUCUAGAUGUCUAUACAUAUACUGUUAUGAUCCAAGGGUUUUGUGACAAGGGUUUGUUUAAGGAAGCGUUGGCCUUGCUGUCCAAAAUGGAAGACAAUGGCUGCAUUCCAGAUGCUAAAAUUUAUGAAAUAGUUAUCCUUUCUCUGUUCGAAAAAGAUGAAAAUGAUAUGGCAGAGAAACUUCUCCGUGAAAUGAUCGCGAGAGGUCUACUGUAAAACUGAAACUAGGUGAGAUGAUUCUGUUGUUACACAUUGAUAUUUUGAACUGAUAUUUCCAAUUUAUGGCAUCAUUUAUUUUUUGUA